GGCGAUCGGCGGCGCGCAGCUGCUGCCCCGCGGCCAAGCUAGUCCCGCGGCGACGCCCGUGUCCCUGCUGUCCUCCUCGGGCUCCCCGGGGCUUGACCCCCGGGGCCUUCGGCAAGCGUCGGUGAAAAGCCUGCGGAGCGAACCUGUGCACCUACGCUCGCCCUUCACGACCCCAUAUCGCGACUCCCAGGAGGGGGAGCGAGAGGGGCUGUCGCGACUCCGCGCCGUGUGUCGCCGGGCGGGGCCGCGGGGCCGGGGCUCCUCCAGGCCCCGGGAUGCGCGCGCGAGCCCUCGCCUCCACUUCCUUGUUGCCUCUGUCACGACUGGAGCCGCUUCUCGCCGACCGCGGGGAGCGCAAGUGCGCGGGCCAGCCCCCUCGUCGAGCCCCCGGGCCGGGUGCCUCCGGGAAUGUGAGCCGCGCGACUCGCACGCUCCGCCAGCCAUGGAUGCAUCAUAUGAUGGUACUGAGGUAACUGUCGUGAUGGAGGAAAUUGAGGAAGCCUACUGUUAUACCUCUCCUGGGCCACCCAAGAAGAAGAAAAAGUAUAAAAUACAUGGAGAAAAGGCCAAGAAACCCAGGUCUGCCUACCUUCUAUACUACUACGACAUCUACCUGAAAGUGCAGCAGGAGCUCCCUCACCUCCCUCAGUCCGAGAUCAAUAAGAAGAUUAGUGAGAGUUGGAGGCUCCUCAGUGUGGCUGAGAGGAGUUACUACUUGGAGAAGGCAAAACUAGAGAAAGAAGGUUUGGAUCCUAACUCUAAGCUCUCUGCACUGACUGCUGUGGUUCCGGACAUCCCAGGUUUCCGCAAGAUCCUCCCCCGCUCAGAUUACAUCAUCAUCCCCAAGAGCAGCCUACAGGAGGACCGGAGCUGCCCUCAGCUGGAACUAUGUGUGGCUCAGAACCAGAUGUCCUCGAAAGGCCCUCCUCUUGUGUCCAGCACUGCCCCGGAGACAGUGCCCAGCCAUGCAGGCGUGGCAGAGCAGUGCCUGGCUGUGGACGCCCUGGCUGAGGAGGUAGGAGCCCUUGCCCAGCCAGGUGCUGUGCAGGAGAUCGCCACCUCAGAGAUCCUCAGCCAGGAUGUGCUCCUAGAGGAGGCGUCCCUGGAAGUAGGGGAGAGCCACCAACCUUACCCGACAAGCCUGGUAAUUGAAGAGACUUUAGUGAACGGCUCCCCGGACCUUCCCACUGGAAGCCUGGCUGUGUCCCACCCCCACGUCGGGGAGAGUGUGUCAGUGGUAACAGUCAUGAGGGAUUCCAGUGAGAGUGGCUCCUCGGCCCCAGCCACGCAGUUCAUCAUGUUGCCUCUACCUGCCUAUUCAGUUGUGGAAAACCCCACCUCCAUCAAACUGACCACUACCUAUACCCGCCGGGGCCAUGGAACAUGCACUAGCCCAGGUUGCUCCUUUACGUACGUCACCAGGCACAAACCACCCAAGUGCCCUACCUGUGGUAACUUCCUUGGAGGAAAAUGGAUCCCAAAGGAAAAGCCAGCGAAAGUCAAAGUGGAAUUGGCAUCUGGCAUCUCCUCCAAAGGCUCUAUGGUUAAAAGAAGUCAGCAGCCUGUCACCACGGAGCAAAAUGCCUCUAAGGAAAAUGCCUCCCAACUGACCGUGGAGAACUCUGAGGCAGUCAGCCAGCUCCUGAGUGUUGCGCCUUCAAGAGAAGCGGGCGAGGAGAACGAGUGGGAGGAAGUGAUCAUCUCAGACGCUCAUGUGUUGGUCAAGGACGCUCCCGGGAAUCGCGGCACAGCAGUCACUAAGGUGCCAGUCAUCAAGAGCGGUGUGCAGCCUGAGGUGACUCUGAGGACAGCCGAGAAUGACGGUGCUGGAGCAGAUGUGCCACCACCAGCUGAGGGAACCAGCACCUCUAGUCCACUCCCUGCUCUUAAAAAGCCUCCAGGAGUUGACCUGCUUACCUCUGGGCCCAGAGCCCCAGAAAUUAAAGGCAGAGCGCGGGGCAAGCCCUCAUUACUGGCUGCAGCGAGACCCAUGAGAGCCAUUCUGCCGGCCCCAACUAACGUGGGGCGAGGCAGCAACGUGGGACUACCCAGGGCCAGGCAGGCCUUUCCCCUGAGUGAUAAGACUCCCUCGGUGCGGACUUGUGGCCUGAAGCCAAGCACGCUGAAGCAGCUGGGCCAGCCCAUCCAGCAGCCACCGAGCACUGGAGACAUGAAGCUACCAAGUGGCCCCUCCAACAGGACAUCGCAGGUGAAAGUCGUGGAGGUCAAGCCCGACAUGUUUCCUCCGUAUAAGUACAGCUGCACUGUCACGCUGGAUUUGGGCCUGGCUACAUCGAGAGGUCGGGGAAAGUGCAAGAAUCCCUCUUGUAGUUAUGUCUAUACCAACCGGCACAAACCUCGGAUUUGCCCCAGCUGUGGUUUCAACCUUUCCAAAGACCGGACCGAGAAAACCACCAAGGCUGUCGAAGCGAGCUCACCACUCACAGAUGUGCUGAGCGCCACAGAGCCCCUGAGUGCGGCCCAGAGGGAGGUCCAGCGCCAGUCCACGCUGCAGCUGCUGCGCAAAGUCCUGCAGAUUCCUGAGAAUGAGUCAGAGCUGGCCGAGGUCUUUGCCUUGAUUCAUGAACUCAACAGCUCUCGACUUAUCCUGUCCAAUGUGAGUGAGGAGACAGUCACCAUCGAGCAGACCUCCUGGUCGAAUUAUUACGAGUCUCCGUCCACGCAGUGCCUUCUCUGUAGCAGCCCAUUAUUCAAAGGGGGACAAAACUCCCUGGCUGGGCCCCAGGAAUGCUGGCUACUGACAGCCAACCGGCUGCAGGUGGUGACUGCCCAGGUGAAGAUGUGUCUGAAUCCCCAUUGUCUGGCCCUGCACAGCUUCAUGGACAUCUACACAGGUCUCUUUAAUGUGGGGAACAAGCUGCUAGUAAGCCUGGAUUUGCUUUUUGCAAUCCGCAACCAGAUCAAGCUGGGAGAGGACCCCAGAGUGUCUGUCAGUGCUGUUUUGAAGUCAGUGCGGGAGCAGACAGAGAAGACUCUGGCCCCGGAGGAGCUGCGCCAGCUGCAGGAGCUGCUGUGCAAUGGCUACUGGGCUUUCGAGUGCCUCACUGUCCGAGACUACAACGACAUGAUCUGCGGCAUCUGCGGCGUGGCCCCCAAAGUGGAACUGGCGCAGAGGAGUGAAGAGAACGUGCUGGCGCUGAAGAGCGUGGAGUUCACUUGGCCUGAAUUCUUAGGCUCUAGUGAAGUAAACGUGGAGGACUUCUGGGCCACAAUGGAGACCGAGGUGAUUGAGCAGGUGGCAUUCCCUGCCAGCAUUCCGAUCACCAAAUUUGACGCCUCUGUUAUCGCCCCCUUCUUCCCACCACUCAUGAGAGGAGCCGUGGUCGUCAACACUGAGAAAGACAAAAGCCUGGAUGUGCGGCCAGCACCUGGCAAUGGCAGUGCACUGGUGAGGCUGCUCCAUGAGGGCACCUGCAGGCUCGAGGACAUCAGCUCCUAUAGUGAGGAGGAGCUGCAGCAGCUGCUGCGGGAGUGUGACAUCCCCUUCGUGGCAGGAGACUCCAAGGACCAGCUGUGCUUCUCUUUACUGGCUCUCUACGAAUCUGUACAGAAUGGAGCCCGAGCUAGGCAGCCCCCACCUCAUCUCACAGGGGGUAAGAUCUACAAGGUGUGCCCCCAUCAGGUAGUCUGUGGCUCCAAGUACCUGGUGCGGGGCGAGAGUGCCCGUGACCAUGUGGACCUGCUCGCCUCUUCCCGCCACUGGCCGCCUGUCUACGUGGUAGACAUGGCCACACCAGUGGCCUUGUGCGCCGACCUCUGCUACCCGGAGCUGACCAGCCAGAUGUGGGGGAGGAACCAGGGCUGUUUCUCCAGCCCCACAGAGCCGCCUGUGAGCGUGUCCUGCCCAGAGCUCUUAGACCAGCACUACACCGUGGACAUGACAGAGGCCGAGCACUCUGUCCAGCACCCAGUCACCAAGACUGCCACAAGGCGCAUCGUCCAUGCAGGCACACAGCCUGGUACCGGCGACCCCAGCGCCGGGCACCACUCUUUAGCCCUGUGUCCUGAGCUGGCACCCUACGCAACCAUCUUGUCUUCUAUCGCGGACAGCAAACCAAACAGUGUCCGCCAGAGGCCCAUUGCCUUUGACAAUGCCACCCACUAUUACCUCUACAACCGCCUCAUGGACUUCCUCACCAGCCGGGAGAUUGUCAACCGGCAGAUCCACGACAUCGUGCAGAGCUGCCAGCCUGGCGAGGUGGUCAUCCGCGACACCCUCUACCGCCUUGGGGUUGCUCAGAUCAAGACAGAGACAGAGGAGGAGGGUGAUGACGAGGAGGCAGCCACGGUGGCAGAGUGAGCCAGGCUCUUGUCCAGGGAUUGCACCAUCUCUCUCAAGCCAUAGUAAGGCCUUGCCCAAGGCAGAGCUGUCCAGGGGAGCGGUAGCAGCAGUCAGCUGUGGGCAGGGCGUCUGACUGCUGGGACUGACCAAAGAGCUUCCAUUCCCUGAGCAUGACGGGGCCCGGGGUCCUUGGUUCUCAACCCUCUAAGGGUCAGGAGAGAUGCCAAGAAACCCCUCGCUGUCCCUGCGAGAGCACUUGGGGGACUUAGUGUCUGUCACGGAGGGCAGGGAGCCUGAGGGGAGGGCUGGUGGCUUCUCUGGGUCUGCUGCAGGGCAGGCCAGAGGUCCCAGGGUGGCUAAGGCAGGAGUCCCGGUACCGGGUGGCAGGGCUCCUGGGGCCUCUCUUCCUGCCUGGAGGGACCCUGGCUCCAGCCUCACAGCCACAAGGUUCCCUGAGCUUGUUGCCUUUGACCAGGCCCUUCAGUGGCCUUGUGAGCUCUGGGGUCCCUGUGGGCUCUUGACUCCCCAGAGGAGGGACAGUUGCCCCUGCUCUUCUGCCCCUGCCCUGUCGGGGGAAGAGGAGGAGCCACAGCACUUUUCCAGGACUGUUCUCCACCCUGAGCUUUGCAGAAGCGCCCUUCCUCCUUCCCCUGGUCACUGCUGCUGCACCCACAUCCUCUGGGCCCUGGGACCCGCACCACAGGUGGGAUGUGGCCCGUGGUCGUGACAUCCCUGGCAGCAGUAGGAAAACUCCCUUCUGUGAAGGGGAAGCAGACCGGGCUGUAAGGAAACAGCGGGACUGGCUCAAGUGCCCCAGGUUUGCUUAGGGCCCGGGAAUUGGCUGCGUGUUACUUAAUUUAUUGAGAGGAGUGGAGUAGGUGGCUUUCUCCUCCCUCUUCCCCUGACAGGAAUAAACUUUAUGGAAUUAUCUGG